AUCAUUAGUGACUUUGUAUUAGUUUCAUGUUGUACUAGUAUUGAAUACUUUUGAAUUUCAAUUUGUGUUUUUUAUUACUUUACUGUAUGUAUUUAUGUAUUGUAUUCACUUAUUCAAUACUGUAUAAAAACUAUCAACUCGGUUUAAGUGAACAGUUGAUUGUGCUGAGAAAAACAUGUCAGAUUCCGAAGGUAGUAACUUUUCGGACCAGGAGAACGCUUCAGAAGCUGGAUCUGUACGAUCCAGAAGCUCUAGAGGUAGUGCACGAAGUAGAUCUCGAACACCGUCUAGGUCUCGGUCGAGAUCGCCUUCUAAGAGUAGGUCCAGGUCUCCAUCGAAAGGAUCUCAAGUAUCAAGAUCUCGUUCACCCUCUCGAUCUAGGUCCAGGUCACGAUCGAGAUCUCGGUCGCGGUCUAAAAGUCGUUCUGUUAGAUCGGGACAAUCUGAAGCAAGAGAAGCAUCAGGACCUGAAGAUGUAGUUGAGGAAGAAGAGCCUGAAGAUGGCGAAAGUCUGGAUGAGUAUGAUAGCGAGGAAGAUGACAGCGAUGAAGGGAGCAGAGCUAAAAAACGAAAGAAGAAUAAAGACCGCUACGGAGGCUUUAUUAUAGAUGAAGCUGAAGUAGACGAUGAAGUGGAAGAUGAGGAUGAAUGGGAAGAAGGGGCUCAAGAAAUUGGUAUUGUUCCAAACGAGGUUGAUGAAUUUGGUCCUACUGCAAGAGAAAUUGAAGGUAGAAGGAGAGGAACAAAUCUUUGGGAUGCCCAGAAAGAAUCCGAAAUUGAGGAGUAUCUAAAGAGGAAGUAUGCUGAUGACAGUGCAGCCAUUAAGCACUUCGGUGAUGGGGGAGAAGAAAUGUCUGACGAGAUUACUCAGCAGACUCUUCUGCCAGGAGUCAAAGAUCCAAAUUUAUGGAUAGUGAAAUGUCGAAUGGGUGAAGAGAAGGCAACCUGUCUUUUACUGAUGAGGAAAUUUUUGGCAUACGAAAAUCUUAAUGAGCCUCUACAAAUAAAAUCGGUGGUGGCACCUGAAGGGGUUAGAGGUUACAUUUACAUCGAAGCUUACAAACAACCCCAUGUUAAAGCUGCCAUUGAGGGUGUUAGUAACCUGAGGGGGGGAAUAUGGAAACAAGAAAUGGUUCCCAUCAAAGAAAUGACUGAUGUUUUGAGAGUUGUUAAGAAACAAACUGGCUUGAAAUCGAAACAGUGGGUGCGACUUAAGAGAGGCCUUUACAAAGACGACAUUGCUCAGGUUGAUUAUUUUGACAUGGCACAAAACCAGGUCCAUUUGAAAUUAUUGCCUAGAAUCGAUUAUAGUCGUUUGAGGGGAGCGCUCCGGACUGCUCAAUCGGAUUCAGAAGCAGAAAAACGUAAGAGGAAACGUCGUCCAGCCAGCAAACCCUUUGAUCCUGAAGCUAUAAGAUCAAUAGGUGGGGAGGUUACUUCGGAUGGUGACUUUCUGAUUUUUGAGGGAAAUCGUUACUCGAGAAAAGGAUUCCUCUACAAGAAUUUCACGUUGAGUGCUGUCAUAAUUGAGGGUGUCAAACCGACUCUGGCUGAAUUGGAAAGAUUUGAAGAACAACCUGAAGGAAUCGAUUUGGAGUUGCCAGCUGAAAAAGAGGAAAAUACGGUUUUACAUUCGUUUAGUGCUGGUGAUAACGUAGAAGUUUGUGAAGGUGAAUUGAUAAAUUUGCAGGGUAAAAUCAUCAGUAUAGAUGGCGUUAUGAUAACUGUGAUGCCAAAACAUGAAGACCUCAAAGACCCGUUAGUGUUUCAAGCAAACGAAUUGAAAAAGUACUUCAAAAUGGGAGACCACGUCAAAGUUUUGGCAGGACGAUAUGAGGGAGAUACAGGUUUAGUUGUUAGAGUGGAAAACAACAGGGUUGUUCUCAUUUCCGAUAUGACAAUGCAUGAAAUGGAAGUUUUACCAAAAGAUUUACAACUAUGCACGGAUAUGGCCAGUGGAGUGGACUCGUUAGGAAAAUUUGAAUGGGGUGAUCUGGUUAAUUUGGAUGCAGAGACUGUGGGGGUGAUUGUUCGAUUGGAAAGAGAAAAUUUCCAUGUUUUAAAUAUGCACGGUAAAGUAGUAGAGUGUAGACCAGGUUCCUUACAAAAGAGGAGACUAAACAAAUUCACAGCUGCUUUAGAUUCGUAUCGUAAUACUCUUCAUCGUAGAGAUAUGGUGAAAGUAAUCGACGGACCACAUUCAGGGUUUUCUGGAGAAAUAAAACAUCUCUAUAGGAAUUUCGCUUUCUUACACUCUGUAGAGUUUUUACAAAACGGGGGUAUAUUCGUUUGCAAAACCAAACAUUUGCAGUUAGCCGGAGGCAAUAAGAGUGUACCCACUGGUGAUAUGUCCGUUGGGAUGGAAUUCAUGUCCCCGAGAAGAAGUUCGCCGAUGCAUCCAUCCAGUGGAGCAGCUGUCGGAGGAUUUGGAGGUGGUCGUGGAGGAGGUGGAGGAGGAGGCGGUAGAGGAAGGGUAUCGAGGGACAGAGACAUAAUUGGUAACACCAUUAAAAUUACUCGGGGUCCUUACAAGGGUAACAUCGGUAUCGUCAAAGACGCAACUCAGGCUACAGCUAGGAUUGAACUCCACACUUCAUGUCAAACGAUUUCUGUCGAUCGGAAUCACAUUACAGACGUGGGAACACCUGCCAAAGAUGGCAGCGCAUCCAGCUAUGGUAGAACUCCAGCUUAUCUUGGCAACCAGACGCCUUUAUACAGGGAUACUGGCAAUAAGACCCCCAUGUGUGAAUCUGGCUCUCGUACGCCUCUCCAUUAUGGUUCAAUGACGCCCGUUCACGACGGGUCUAGGACUCCCAAUGCCAGCUCUGAAUGGGAUCCAGCUGUGUCAAAUACUUAUCCUUCACCUGGUUAUAACCCAAGUACUCCUGGAUACCAAAUGAAUGGUCCUUACACACCCCAAACCCCAGGAACGAUGUACGACAGCAACUACAGUCCUUAUCAGGCUAGCCCUGGUUACCAGAGCGUUGUCUCUACUCCGAGUCCUGCUACUGGGUACGGUCAGUCUCCGUCUAGUAAUAAUCCGUACAGCACUCCUAGUUCAGGAUACAGUCCCAACAUGCCAUACAAUCCCCAAACGCCAGGUGCUGGCUUGGACGUUAUGCCAAUGACCGAUUGGCAUACUGUUGAUAUUGAGGUUCGAAUUCGUGACAGCCAUGACGAUCCGGGUCUUGUUGGUCAGACUGGAGUCAUAAGGAGUAUAUCAGGGGCAAUGUGUACAGUUUUCCUUCCAGCCGAGGAUCGUGUGGUGAAUAUUAUGUCUGAUCAUUUGGACCCUGUGAGACCUCAAAGGGGAGACCAGUUUAAGGUUAUUAUUGGUGAGGAACGCGAACAAACUGGGGAACUACUUUCAAUCGACAUACACGAGGGAGUAGUGAAAAUUAAAAAUGAGAUAGUUAUGUUGCCUCUACAAAAUUUAUGUAAAAUGAGACAGCCCGAUCAUUGAAGUCACUCCAAGUGAUAAUGUAACUAAUUUUAUGGACAAAGAUGUAGUAAUAUUGAUAUGAAUAUAUUGAUAAUAUAUGUA